AUGGCGACUCUACAAUGUUUUAUUUUGUCCUUAUUUAAGAUUUUGUUUUAUUGGUCUAUCUUAUUAAUGUUAUUUUCAAGUUCUUCAAAUGAAAGUCUGGCUUCAGAAACUCAAUUUCAAACCUUUGAUAUUACUUCUCAGCUCUCGGCUACAAUGUGCAAUCCAUCUAUCCAUCCUGGUUUGAAGAAUAGAAAAUCAUCGGCAGUACUGGAACUGAUCCACAGGCACGGUUCAUGUGCUGCCACGAAUCAAACAAAACCGAAAUCCCGACCCAGUACAGCCGACAUCCUCCGCAACGACAAACUAAGGGCAGAGUCCAUCUUCAAUGGUGGCCACAUUCCGGUCAGCUCCGGCGAUUCCUUUCAAAAUAGCGGCGAAUAUAUCGUCACCGUGGGCCUCGGCACGCCAGAAACAAAGCUCUCCCUCCUUUUCGACACCGGCAGCGACCUGACGUGGACUCAAUGCAAACCACACCUUCUGGGCUACCAUAAUCAGAAAGGCCCAAUGUUCGAUCUCCGCAACUCCACUUCCUACUCCUUCAUCCCCUGCAAUUCCAGUGAAUGCUCUCUCCUUGCUGCCGAAACCGAGUUUGGUCCCAACUGCUCUGAAGCCAACCAAUGCACCUACUUCGUCACAUACGCUGAUGGAUCCGUAACCCUAGGCUACUUCAGCAAGGACACACUUACAAUUACACUCAACGUGGUAGUCCCAGGUUUCAUGUUUGGCUGUAGCCAAUAUACUCAGGGCAUUUUCGGACUUGAAUCUGGAAUUCUGGGCCUGGGCAGAUCCAACAUUUCCAUAGUUUCCCAAACUGCUAGUAGAUUUCAGGAAUGUUUCUCCUACUGCAUCCCUUCCCGCCCAUCCUCCAUAGGCUUCCUUGCAUUCGGAAAAGAUUACGAUAACACCACCAAAUUCACCCCUUUGAUUUUCAAACCAGAAUUGCCAAAUUUCUACGUCAUCCACAUAAUCGGCAUAGCCGUGGAAGGGCGCAAAUUACGCAUCAGUCCAAAGGCUUUUGAGAGGUCGGGCGAUGCCGUUAUAGACUCGGGGACGACCAUCACCAGUCUCCCGUCGAAGUUAUACAAAUCGUUGAGCAGAGAAUUCAAGCGGGUCAUGCAUACUAAAUACAAAUAUCAGAUUGCACAGCCAUCUUCUGAUGGCUUCUUAGACACUUGUUUUGUUCCCAAGGAAGAAAAUGUUGUCCCAUCUGUUUCAUUCACAUUUCAGAAUAACGUGAAACUCGAUUUGGAUGCUUCUGGAAUCGGAACACUUUGGGUUUUCAACAAAUCACUAAUGUGCUUUGCUUUCGCCGGCACUGACAGUACUGUGGGUCUUUUCGGCAACACUCAGCAGAAGACAUUCGAGCUCGUGUACGAUGUUGCCGGCAAUAAAUUAGGAAUCCGCCCAGGCAUGUGUAAUUGA